AUUGCCACAACAUAAUAGUAUUAUUGAAUACCACAAAACUUGUGCCUUUAAUUUUGCCUUUCUGGUCUGCACGUUAUUCUCCCAAUUAAAUAAUUUAAUAAAAAUAAUAAAAUGAACAUUUCAAAAGUAACAAAUAAUCUCAAGCGCGUUAGAUUAUUGCAAACUAUCGCUGGUGCAUAUGAAAUAACUCUAAACAAGAAUAAAGAGAUAUUGUCGAAGAUUAUUUUAGAGAAAUCAAAUCGGGUGAUGCAGUCCGACUUGGCAGAGAAAAUGAGAAUUGCCAGGCGCUAUUUCACUUUAGAAAUGAGUCCGCCAUCGAACCACGAAUUAAAGAUUUUGCGACAGGACAUAGAUCUGGUUUGGAAGUUUAUUGAACAGCAAUCCUACACACAUCUAACCGUUAAGCAAGCUUUUCUUUUAUUCCUGGUAUGCACCGAAGUGGGCUUAUGGUUUUUCAUGGGAGAAACCAUCGGUAAAAUGCAUUUUGUUGGUUACAAAGUUUGAAAAUACCACUGUAAUUAUUGAAAUAAUAGUUUAAUAAAAAAAUUGCAUCUUUUUGAAUUAAA